AUGAGCGACGAGGCGCCAAGACUCUCUGCGCUCACCUUCCACGAGGCUGGGUCAUCCGCUACGCCUGACCCCCCCGCCCCCGCCCGUCUGACGUCAUCCACCGGAACUGGCGGCAGCGCAGCCGCUCUUCGCAGCGCCCGGGCCUCACACAGUACUGCUGAGGGUGCUGCGUUGGCGCGAGGGACGGGUUCGAACGUCCAGAAGGCGGCAACUGCGGCCCUCCACGACAACCCUCUCUACGGCCUCCUUCGCACUCAUUCGCCAGAGGUUGGCCAACCGGCGAGCGCGUCACCAGCGCUUCGCCGCUCGUUCGAGAUGUGGGGAUCGGUGUCGGCGGAAGCGGAGAACGAGUCCAACAUUACCUUCCGGUCCCUGCUUCAAGAGCACCCGUCCGAGCCCCGCCCGAGCCAGCUCCCGACGCCGCCGAUCCGCGGCCGCAUGCCCGCGUCCAACAUCGAGCCGGACGCCGCCCUCAAAGUCGCGGCCGGGCACGAGGCGGCGGUCGGGAAUGAGGGGCUGGCGGCCGGGGCGCGGCGCGCAGAAGCCGGGCUGGGAGGAAUGGGCAGCCAGGACGAGAUCAACAAGAUGAAAAGGGAGCUGGCGGCGCUUGAGGUGAAACUCUUGCUGGCGGAAGGUGGGCUUGCGGCACAUGAAAUACGCAGGAAGAGCGGCGUGGGAGCAGGGGAAGAAGAGGAGGAAGCGGCUGCGAAGGAGCUGGAUUCGCGGUCUCUGUUGGUCAAAGCCGCGACGGAGAAGCUGCGUUCGUCGAUUGGGGGACCGGAAGCAAGUGAGGUGGAGGGUGAAGAAAACGCGGAGGGCAGAGCAGAGCUGGCACAGGGAGAUGCAUCAACAUCGCACGCAGCGCAGGGGACUGAGGAUUCCAAGGGAGGAUCCGGGGACACUGACAUCUCGAAGCUCGAGGAGAAGCUGGAGAGGCUGACAGCGGAGGUGGUUGCCGCCCGCCAAUACGUGGAGACCGUCCUAGAGGCAGCGCAGGCCGCUACCCGCGCGGCGGCAGCAGAGAUGGCGGCCAUCAGGGCGGAGGCGGCCGCGGAGGUCGAGAAGCUCAAGAAGGAGGCGGUCGCGAGAGAGAAGACCGCCGCGGCCCAGAAGAAGGAAGCCGCCGCCCAGAAGAAGGAAGCCGCGGCCCAGGUCGCGGCCGCGAAGCGCGCAACGGAAGAAGUCAAGCGUGCUGCUGUCGCGGAGAUGGAGAUCUUCGACGACAAGCAGAGGAAGGCGCGGGAGGAGUGGGAGGCACGGGAGCGGGAGCUGGGCGGUGAGCGAGAUGAUGCCAAGGCGAGCGAAAUUGCGAUCGGGGUUCGGCUGACGCGGGCACUGGCUACGGUUAGCAGCCUGGAGCAGCGGCUGCUCAUGGUGGAGGCGGAGCGGGAUGAGGCGCUUCGCGAAGCGGGCACAAUGCGUGGCAGACGGCGGUUUCCGUAG